UGACUCCGCCCUGCCCCGCCCGACCCGGCCCGGCCCGGCCCGACCUGCCUGGUUCCGGUGACGCCGCGGGCCGCCGCCUGCGGACUUGCUUCCUGGUGUCGCUGGAGCGCAGGUCGACACUGAGCCCCGCCGGCCGGGUGAUUAAGUCUCAGUUGCCGCCGUAGAAACUGCAUUUCCGUCCCAGUUCGGAGAUGGCCGCCCAGUGCGUGACGAAGGUGGAGCUGAACGUGUCCUGUGACAACCUUCUGGACGCAGACAUCGGGUCCAAGUCAGACCCUCUGUGCGUGCUGUUUCUGAACUCGAGCGGACAGCAGUGGUAUGAGGCGGAUCGCACGGAGAGGAUUAAGAACUGCCUGAACCCCACGUUCUCCAAGACCUUCAUCAUUGACUACUACUUCGAGGUGGUGCAGAAACUGAAAUUCGGGGUCUAUGACAUCGACAACAAGACCAUCGAGCUGGGCGACGAUGACUUCCUGGGAGAGUGUGAAUGCACCCUGGGACAGAUCGUGUCCAGUAAGAAGCUGACGCGCCCGCUGAUGCUGAGGAACGGCAAGCCCGCGGGGAAGGGCAGCAUCACGAUUUCCGCUGAAGAAAUAAAGGAUAACAGAGUGGUCUUGUUUGAAAUGGAAGCAAGAAAACUGGACAACAAGGACCUGUUUGGCAAGUCCGACCCUUACUUGGAGUUCCACAAGCAGACGUCGGACGGAACCUGGCUGCUGGUGCACCGAACAGAGGUCAUUAAAAACAACCUGAACCCUGUGUGGAGGCCUUUUAAAAUUUCUCUGAACUCCCUGUGCUACGGAGAUAUGGAUAAGACUAUUAAGGUGGAGUGCUACGACUAUGACAACGACGGCUCCCACGACCUCAUCGGGGCGUUCCAGACCACCAUGACGCAGCUGAAGGCGGCCUCCCGGAACUCGCCCGUGGAGUUUGAGUGCAUCAAUGAGAAAAAGAGGCAGAAGAAGAAAAGUUACAAGAACUCUGGCAUCGUCAGCGUGAAGCAGUGUGAGGUCAUGGUGGAGUGCACCUUCCUGGACUAUAUCAUGGGCGGAUGCCAGCUGAACUUCACCGUGGGGGUGGACUUCACCGGCUCCAAUGGGGACCCGCAUUCCCCCGACUCCCUUCAUUACAUCAGCCCCAACGGUGUGAACGAGUACCUGACCGCCAUCUGGUCCGUGGGGGUGGUCGUUCAAGACUACGACGCGGAUAAGAUGUUCCCUGCGUUUGGGUUUGGAGCUCAGAUUCCGCCUCAGUGGCAGGUGUCGCACGAGUUCCCCUUGAACUUCAGCCCGGCCAACCCCUACUGCAAAGGGAUCCAGGGCAUCGUGGAGGCCUAUCGGGCCUGCCUGCCUCAGAUAAAGCUCUACGGACCGACGAAUUUCUCCCCGAUCAUCAACCACGUGGCCAGGUUUGCUGCUGCAGCCACACAGCAGCAGACGGCUUCUCAAUAUUUUGUGCUCCUGAUCAUCACCGACGGCGUGAUCACUGACCUGGACGAGACCAGGCAGGCCAUCGUCAAUGCCUCCAAGCUGCCCAUGUCCAUCAUCAUCGUCGGAGUGGGCGGCGCCGACUUCAGCGCCAUGGAGUUCCUGGACAGCGACAGCGGCGCCCUGCGCGCCCCAUCGGGGGAGGUGGCCACGAGGGACAUCGUGCAGUUCGUGCCUUUCAGACAGUUCCAGAACGCUCCCAAGGAGGCGCUGGCCCAGUGUGUCCUGGCCGAGAUCCCCCAGCAGGUGGUGGGCUACUUCAACACCUACAAGCUGCUGCCACCCAAGAACCCCGCGCCCGCCAAGUGAAGGUCUGCCUCCCGACCGUGCCCAGCCCCGCUCCCUGUCACCGGCAUUCAUGCUGUAACCUAGCUCUCUACGGGUUCUUUCUACAUAAAGCGUUUUAUACUUUCUGGAGGAAAAGUGCUAAGUUAAUCUCUACCAAUCAGUUCAGUGGUGGCUUCUGACGCGGGGGCUGCAGUGAGGCUGUCUGGAGGAGACACUCCCGAGGAACUGGUUUGUUGUUGUGACUGCUUUCCUAGGAGGGGCUGCGUUUCCAAUGGUUCCCAGUAGGAAGAAUGGAGCCUGUUGGGCUGUGUGAUUCCAGGUUUCUGUGCAACAAGCCCCACCUCAGUGACAAGCUGCUCAGAGUAGAUGACACUGGAGCUGUUCCUGUAACAGCUCCGUGCUCUCCAGGGCUGAUGUCGGCACGUUCCGGCCGCGCCUGCUGCAGGCACCGAGUGACGGGCCACACACCGCCCCUGGCACAGCCGGCGGCCUGAGCCUUGCGCCAGCGGCCGUGCGUGUCACUGCUGUCCGUGAGCCCGGGUCUGCGUGUGUGCGCCACGGCUUGUCCUGGAAUCCCUGCUGCGGGAGCGUUUUCCCGGAAGGGGCAGUGCUGCGCUGCUCUGUGGGGAGCAGUGGGACCAAACCACAAACCAUUCCUGGUGCGGGUGGGCCACGGCGCCAUCGGGAGGGCGUGUCAGACCUGCUUGCUGAGGCCCCUUACGCUGGAUGCAUUCACUUAGACAUUGUUCCUUUUUUUAGUAACAUUUUUAGUUGAUUUUUAAACACAUGAUAAUCAAAAUCACACUUCUCAUUAAUAAUGUGCCAUGUACUAAGCCCAGGAUGUACUGUAUUAAGCAUAAAACCUAUUGUAACUU